CAGAAACAAACAGUACAGUAUUUCUUAUCUACUUCACACUUUCAAUAUUUUUAUAUUGUCUUCCUAAUCUACUUAGUUACGAAAGUAUCCAUCCCUGUUCUCUAAGUUUUAAACCUAUACAGAACGAAAACAGUACAACAAAUAUUUUCACAUAGUUUAUUAUAUCACUUUGUGCUAUCCAUAGUUUACCCUCGACCCUAUACAACCACGAUAACACUUAUUUUAGUUUCCUUGGAGAAGUCAAGUGUAGUGAUCGGAACGACUCUUUUAUCAGGUCUGGCUCCUGAAAAUGCAAAGCAACUAACUGCUGAUGAAAUGCUGCAACUAAAAUUAUAUUCUGUGAUCAAAGGUAGAUAUCAAUUUCUUCGCAAAGCAAAAACAGGCAAGAAGUUUAUUUAAGCAAACAAUAUGGAAAUGGAUUUGAAAUCAAAAAUAUUUAGCUGUGGAAUAUGUAAAGAGACCUUUUCUUUGACUAAGGAACUAAGUGCACACAUGAAAAUACAUUCAAAAGAAAUAAAGCCUUUUAAAUGUAGAAUAUGUGGGAAAAGUUUUACAAAGAAUUUUCUCUUAAAAGUUCACACGCAAAAACACAAUGGAAAGCAGUUUCAUUGUAAAGUAUGCAAUAAAGGAUUUUCAGAAAACUAUAACUUGAAAAAUCAUAUGCGACUGCAUACUGGUGAGAAACCUUUUCAUUGCACCGUAUGUAACGAAAAGUUUUCAACAAAUUACUUUUUUAAAAAACACAUGAUAUUGCAUACUGGAAAAAAUCCUUUCCAAUGUAAAAUUUGUGAUGCAAACUUUUCAUCUAAUUAUCUUCUUAAAAAACAUGCCAGAAUUCAUCCGAGUGAGAAGGUAUUUGCUUGUGAAAUAUGUGGUAAAGACUUUUUUACAAGUUACUUGUUAAAAAGGCAUGUCAGGGCACAUACUGGGGAGAAACCAUUCCGCUGUGAAAUUUGCGACAAACUAUUUUCUACAGGGUAUCUUUUAAAAAGGCAUCUUUGGGGACACACAGGAGAGAGACAUUUUUACUGUGAGAUUUGUGGAAAAGAUUUUGCAUUUUGUGAAUCAUUAAAACGACACUUGAAAACACAUUAUGAUGAGGAACGAUACUCCUGUGAGAUAUGUGGGAAUGAUUUUGCUACAAAUUAUUAUUUAAAAUGCCACUUGAGGACGCAUUCUGGAGAAAAACCUUUCCACUGUGAAACAUGUGGGAAAAAUUUCUCUUUUGGUCAGUCUUUAGCAAGACACAUUCGAAUACAUACUGGUGAAAGACCUUUCCUUUGUUCAACAUGUGGGAAAGAUUUUUCUCAAUAUUCUCAAUUAACAAAGCAUACAAGAACACAUACUGGUGAGAAACCAUUCCAUUGUGAAAUAUGUGGUAAGGAUUAUUCUGGAAACUGUGAUUUAAGAAAUCAUAUGAUGGUUCAUACUGGUGAGAAACGGUAUAAUUGCAGGUUUUGUGGAGAAAAGCUGUCUACAUACUAUUACUUGAAAAAACAUAUUAGAUCACACACUGGAGAGAAACCUUUCCGUUGUACAAUUUGUGGAGAAACCUUCUCCUCUAAUUACUUUUUGAAGAGACAUAGAAUGAUACACACUGGAGAGGAAAGCUUUGUCUGCAAUGUAUGUGGUAAAGAAUUUUCAUAUAAUGAAUCAUUAAGAAGACACAAGAAAACUCAUAAAGGAAAGGAAGCGCUUGCUAAUAAAGAUUCUUGUAAAAGUUUAUCUGUGAAAGAGAAUAUGAAGGUUUGAAAAGCAAUUUUAUUUUUUAAACGAAUACAACUAAAGUUGACAUCUACAAUAUUGACUUUGAACAUCAUGAUGAAAAGUCAAUGAACUGUAACAUACAUGCCAAAGACGUUUUUAGUUUUUGAAUAGAGCCUGAUGGAGCCACUUUCUAACAGUGUGAUACCUGAAGUCUUCAAUGAAUUUUGUUUUCACUAUCCGUGUUAGACAAAAUUUGGUGUUUUCUUACCUCAAGUAAGACUUUCAAUAUGCCUUAAGGAAUAGCUUUGACUGACUCCAACAAUGUACUUGAUUAGCUCUUCCAGUGUAUGUGUUGUCUAGGAGGAGCCAGCUCAUGGUUUGGCCCUGUAUGUUGUUGUUUCAGUUUCUUUGAUCCUUGGAGCUGGCUGGUCACAUAUCUCAAUUCCAUCUAUCAACCUUUCACUACCUUAGUAUAUCCAACCACAAUAAUCACUAUGUCCAAUCCUUCCUGUCCUCCAGAAUAUCAUCCUGCUAGUUGCUCUUCCCCAUUCAUGUCUCUCCUGCAGGUAUUGACUUGCAAUGCUUCUAACAGAACAUUAAUGACAUCAAUCUCACCAGUUUCAGAGGGCCUGCAAGGGUCACAGCUUCUACUCCUUCCUCUAGACUCUUAAAGUAAAAAAAAAAAGUUAAAAAAAUAAAAAAGAGAGAGAGCCAAAAGAGUAUUUCUUUCAGCUUCACCUGUUGUGAAACCUGGUGUAGCCUCUAAGGUAGCACCAAACAGGUAUGCUGGAAUAUAUCUGUUGGGAUGUCUGCCAACAUUCUAGCAUUCUCAGAUACUAUACAUGUGAUACACAGGUCAAGCAAAGUAUUAAAAGGUUCUACCCUUCACAAUGAUUUGGGUCACAUUCAACAUAGUUCUGAAGAAGUGAGGUAAUCCAAUUUAUCUGGAUCAAUCAUUCAAUACGUGGCAACAUACCAGAAAAAUACCCCAAGGUAAUUUCCAAGGUUCAGUUCUCAAUCCUGGAAGUCAUGCUCAACAGAUAUGGGUGUUCUCUGAGCAGUGAAUAGAUCAACCUUACUUACAAAUGAUCCACUUGUCCUUACAGUAACACUGAAUGAAAGAUUUCUGCUCAUCCAACAGAGUUUCACUCUUGAGACUUUCCAUGAAUCUGUAUAUGAAUGCUUCUCUGUAAUUGAUAGGGGUUUCCUUCCAGAAGGAUUUCUUUCCAGAAGAGUAACCUUGAUAAGGUGUCUUAAUUUCAAUUGUGAGAAACCAAGUAUUUAUGGUGUUUUUUUUUUCAACAAUUUGAAAAACUUAAACAUGCAGAAAAGUUAUAUUUUUAUUGAAAAUUAAUUUGUUACUUCUUUCUUUCAUUUGCAGUCAAAAUUUGCCAAAAUUCUUUCUAACACAAUGAUAUAUAUAAAGUAAUAAUUGAUGACAGAAACCAUCUGAUUGUAUACCUGUAGGGUAAACCAUAUACAAAAAUAUUUCCUAUUUUGAACAGCUUAAUUCUACAUGUACCCACCUUCAGAAUAUCAAUAUUUCAUCAUUUCUGUGUACAGGAAGUUAAAUUGGAGAGAAAGAAGCUGACUAUGAAUCUGUGAGCUGUACAAUGGAAACCAGGGACAAGGUGGAGAAAGUGGUAUCUGUUAUACAUGUAGAUUUAUUUUUUUCACAACCUUGCAGACUUCCUCAUGCAUUAUUGAAGCCAGCCUUUUAUUAAAACCCAUUUCUUAUUCAUAUUGCUCCUAUAAUUUUCUUGGAUAUCACAUCACAUGGAAAACCUUUUUCAUAGUUGCAGGUUCAUUUCUUGAAAAAGGUUAAUAUUUAGUAUUCCUGGCCAAAAUAUUACUUUUAUUUUAUUUAAACUCAAAUAGGUGCCACUUCUCCAUAACUGCUCAGUGGUUAACAGAGAUGAUGGUAACUGCUUGAUUCAAGAAAGACAUUAGACAUCCCAGGAAGCCGCUGUAUCAUAAAAUGGAUAGGCUGCACAGAAAUAUAUUCUUUUAUUCUUUUACUUGUUUCAGUCAGUUGACUGUGGCUAUGCUGGAGCACCAGCUUUAAGGGUUUUUUAGUUGAAGAAAUCAACCAGGGACUUAUUCUUUGUAAGCCCUUUUCUAUUACCCUCUUUUGCUGAACCACUAAGUUACAGGGAUGUAAACACACCAACAUCGGUUGUCAAGUGAUGGCGGGGGAACAAACACAAAGACACAUAAAUAUAUACAUACAUUAUAUAUAUAUAUAUAUAUAUAUAUAUAUAUAUAUAUAUAUAUAUAUAUAUAUA